AUGGCUGAGAAAACUUUAAGAGAACUUGCUUCACCUGAUGUAUAUUUUCAGACAUUAUGCAUCCAAUAUCCUAAUUUAGAUACACCUUGUGUGCUUAAGUCUGGAUUGAUUCAUUUGUUACCCAAGUUUCAUGGUCUUGUAGGUGAGGAUCCAUUUAAACACCUCAAAGAAUUCCACAUUGUUUGUACCACCAUGGGACCAGUUGGAAUUCCUGAGGAUCAUAUAAAGUUGAAAGCAUUCCCAUUCUCAUUGCAAGACAUAGCCAAGGAUUGGUUCUACUAUUUACCCCCUGGAUCAGUCACUAGCUGGGAUGGUAUAGGAAGAAUGUUUCUGGAAAAAAAUUUCCCUGCAUCUAGAGUGACUUUAAUCAGAAAAGAAAUUUGUGGUAUAAGACAAAUGGACAAAGAGAGUUUGUAUGAGUAUUGGGAGAGAUUCAAGAGGCUUUGUGCUAGUUGUCCACAUCAUCAAAUUAAUGAGCAACUUCUUAUCCAAUACUUCUAUAAAGGUCUUAUAUCCAUUGAUAGACAGAUGAUUGAUGCAGCCAGAGGAGGAGCCUUGGUAGAUAAAACUCCUAUUGUAGCAAGGCAAUUAAUUGAGAACAUGGCUUCUAAUAAUCAACAGUUCAACACUAGAAGCAAUCUAGUGCCCUUAAAUAGUGGAGUUUAUGAGAUAGAAAAUACUCAUGUUGCUUAUCAUAGAAAACUAGAGGACGAGUUAGAUGAUUUAGCUUCUUUGAUCAAGCAAUUAGCAUUGUCACAGAGGGCUGCAAGGUUAUGUGAGAUAUAUGUUUCACAUAAACACCCCACUGGUUCUUGUCCUACAUUGUAUGAACCUGCAGGUUGGAUGAGUCACCCGAACUUGAAAUGGGGGAAUUUUACACAGCAGCAACAACAUCAACCUCCACCACAAACUGCUGCACCUUGCAAGAGUGAGCCUUCCUUGGAAGAAUUGAUAAGGGAAAUAGUAGUUAAUGAUCUAAAUUUCCAACAGAGAACGGAAGCAACCAUUCAAAACUUGGAAAAUCAGAUUGGACAGUUGGCUUCUGCUUUAAACCAUUUACAAUCUCAAGGUUCUGGUAAUCUAUCUGCACAACCACCUGUCAAUCUAGAGGAUAUUCGUGCCAACACCUUAAGAUUAGAAAAGACCAUUCAAGACUCGCAAGAGCAACAACCAACUGAUAAAGAUCUUAAUGCUACUGCUCUAGCAAGUAAUUGCAACAAAUAUAGUAGCCCAGCAAGUGCAGAUUAUGCUCCUACUCCUUGUGCUACUUCUGCUAAUGCAGCAGAAAAUUUUGAGCAACUUGCUCCUCAUUCAUUUCAUUCAAUUUGCCAUAAUGAUUUCUUUUGUACUGAAAUUGAUACAUAUGUGUAUGGUGAUUUUCAUGCAGCUAUUGCAGAUUCUGAGGAAGCAAAUCGAAAUUGA